GAACAUGCACUAAGAAUAAACAGCAAAGCCCUGGGCCGCGGUCGGUGCUAACGAACUGGGACUAGAAGAACGGGCGGGGGCCGAACCGAGCCGAGCCGAGCCGAGCCAUGGCGGAGAGUCUGCAGGAAGAGCUGGAGCUGGAGAAAAGUGUUCGGCGUUUGCGGGAGAAGUUCCACGGUAAAAUCUCUGUAGAGAAGGCAACUGUGCUGAUGAGAAAGUUUGUUAAUAACCAUACUCUAGUGUGUCGCUACAUCAUACUUUUAAAGGAAGAACUGAACGACAGUGAUCCAGAGGACCAAGAUAGUUUAAGAAAUGACAAGGUUGCAAUGAAUGUCAUCAGCAAAAUAAAGAAAGACAAUGAGCUGCCAAAGGAUCCAAACAAAGACAAACAUAUCCAGGACAUUGCUAAGAAGAUGAAGCUUCUUCCUCUAACUGAAAAGAACUUGAAGAUGUUUAACAACGCUACUGAGAACCUCAUCCCUUCAAGAGACCGACAGUUUGCCUGCGUGGGCUGUGACAGUGUCUGGUGGAGAAGGGUCCCUCAGAGAAAAGAGGUUUCGAGGUGCCACAAAUGCAAAAGAAAGUAUGAGCCAGUUCCUUUUGACAAGAUGUGGGGAAUUGCAGAGUUUCACUGUCCAGCCUGCAACCAUAUUUUCAAGGGCUUUGCUCAGAUGGGGCUCGCGUGCCCAUGCUACGUCUGUGGUAGUCCAGUCAUGCCUCUCCGUAUCCUCCCUCCACGUAGGAACAGUGGACCACGAACACGCAAUCCCCAUAGUUGCUAUGCUGAAGACUGUUACAACCGCAGAGAGCCAUAUAUCCCGGGCCUUCAGUGCGUCCAUCCACGGAGCAGAGCCAAAAAACAUCUUCCCAAGGUCUUGUAUGGUAGUCCCCACCAUGUGAGCACAGGGUCCACUGUGGCUACAUGUUUGAGUCAAGGCAGCUUAUUUCAGUGGGAUCUCAACGAUCUCCUCAUGGAUGAUAUAAAAGAAACCGAGGAGGAGGAAAGUGACGGCAAUGACAGCUACAAUCAAGAAUAUUAGACCAUUCUACAUCCUCCUACCUUUAUCAUAGAGUAUCAGGACAGGGUGAUGGCGCCAUCUGUUGGCGCAAGACUAUGAGGGCCAAGUUCUUCGAGAUUUUUACUAUGUAAUGUGAUAUCCCAAUUCGCUUCAUAUAAGAUUACAGUUGCGUCUUUCAAUCACUAAGAAGAUUUAUUUGCUUUAAUAUUAAAUGCAUUUGACUUUCGCGUAGGGGUCUGUGUGCACUAAUCACUGUACUGUUACCGCAGUUGUUGUCUAUGGCUUUGUAAAUCCCCCUUUUCCCCCAUGGACAUUUAAUCCAUGUGAUUUAAUUCAUAAUUUUCGAUCAUAUAGUUAAAUAAUGUACUUUGUAUUUACCAAAUAAGAGGUUGCAGGAGAGCUGAACAUUUCAACACCCUGAAGUUAUUAAGUGUUAAGCGGGACCAACGCUGGUGAGCAUCUCCGCAAGAGGAGCUCAGCAGGUGAUGCAUAGUCAGUGUGGGGCGAUUUGUAUUUGAAAUCUGUACGAUUACUACUAUGUUAGUAUAUAGGCCAUACAUAAGAAUUACAUAUAUGUCACUCUCACAUGAGUGAUACGGCUCCUGCUUCUGGACCGGAUUGGCAACCACCUAAGUGCAUCCGACGGUUUGAUAUACAUGGCUGCACGCUAUUUUUUUAUGCUCACAUAACAUCAGGCACAGCCUAAAUACAUAUAUACAA